AUGGGUCUAUUCGGCCACGUGCGCACCCACGAGAACGGAAUUGACCACAAUUCCCACACACCCACCGCAUCCAAUACAUCCACCAUGCCCAGCCCCACCGUCGUUCCAUCGCCCGCGGCCAUCAGCACCACUACCACCACCGCUUCCUCUGCAGCUGACACCGACACCGCCGACUUCUCGUGCCCACACUGCCUACGCACGUUCACCUCACGCAUCGGCCUGGUUGGUCACUUGCGAAUCCAUCGCACAGAGACUGGAAAACCAGUGCCCCGGGCACCAACCUAUACCCACCAAGCUCGACUCAACUGCCUACACUGUUCUCGCACUUUCAGGCAUCGCAUGGACCUAUUCGGCCACAUGCGCAUCCACGACGACCUGCGGUAG